UGAUUUUUUACAUGUGUCUAGUAUUAUGUAUAGAUCCGUAAAUUCAAUCAAAAUUCAAACCGAGGGGUACACUCAACACACAGACAGAGAAAAAUAGGGAGAGUGAGUGAGCAGGAGGCUGGAGGGAGCAAAGUUUUACAUAGACUGCACGAUCCAGACAUGGAGCGACUUUCGUUAUCAGCGCUGAGCAUGGCCAUAUUGCUGCACUCGGUCAUGGGCAUCUCAUACUACUUUCUAAUGGCUCGGUGCUCCCCGGCGCCCCUGCUAGGUAGCUGGCUGUUCGUCGCCUGUAUUGGAGCCGUGCUGCAGGUGGUGCACAUAUUUCCGCAGUGGUGCCGCAAUUGCUCGUCCCUAUGCCGCCUGACCAUGGAGAUGGCCGUGUGCUGCUUCACGCUGGACCUGAUGCUGACCAAGCUGUGGUGUCGCAUUGAGUCGCUGUGCCACUGUGCCAUCGUCGGCAUUCUACGGCUGCUCGUUACGGAGGACGGCACCUUUGCUUCCUGCGAGUACUGGAUGCUCGGUGUGACCACCAGCGUGAUUGGCGCCUGCCUGCUCUGGUUCACACUAUGGGCCACCGCCUUCCCCAGCAGGCUACGUCUGGACUGUACCAAUUGGCAAAAAAACGUCUCACGUUCUUUUAAACAAAAUAUUUGCCAUUUGGCUUUCGGCCCGUCGAAUCUACAGCGCGUCAGCUCGCCGCCUAUAAAGGAAAGCGAGCAGAGCUUUGCCAGUUGAGACAAUCACAAGCCAAAAGAUAUUAAUAAUUGGACAAAAUAAGUUAAAAGUUGACAGUGGGUCAGGCCGCAAUGACAUUUGCCAUGCACCAAAACCUGUAUUAGAACUACGCCAAGCAAACUUAACAAAUUGCAAAAAAACAUUCAGCAGUCCCCUAAUUCUGCGUUCCCCUGUAAAAUUGUUGUGCGCCCUAAGCCCAUGCAUUGGAAAUUUAUGGAAAUAACGAAUAAAAUGUUAAGGUUUAUCAAUCU